AUGAAGCGGCCCAAUACGGCGCCGGCCGAGGAACCACGACCCUAUCUGCUGUCGAGCGAGCGCGCGCUGUCUGAUCCUGCGCUCUCUGCGCCCUCUGCCGCGCAGCUGCAAGGAAACCCCAAGGACGAGGCUCAGGCCGGCUAUGACUGGGGAACAUUCAUCGCCGCGUACGCUCAUGGCCACUGGGACCCCCAUCGCACUCCUCGACCGCCCCGGCCGCCAUCGCCGCCAUCCGUGACGCUCUCGUCGUCGGCGCCUAAUCCGGCUUCUACUUCCUCCUCAUCACAAUCUGCGUCCGCAUCGAGCUCGACAGCUUCCAAACCUAUCACGAUCCCGAUAAACACGGCACACGCCGCGGCAAAGAAGAUGAAGAUCGACCUGUCGCCGGCUUCGCUGACGCCGCUCCACCGGUCCCGUGCAUCACUCGACGUGCCGCCCUCGCCCUACACUGGCGCUCUGUCGCCGUCCAUUCAUGAACCUCCGCCUUCCAUUCCUCCUUUGACGCCGGGAGAUGCCGCAGCUGCCGCGGCUACGAUGCGGUGGGCCGCCGCUCGCGUGUCUGUGGCGCCUUUAGCGCUUCCUUCGCCCGAACGCGAGCUCACAGACCCCUUUGGCCAUGCACAAUCCGUCAUCCAAUCUCCCGGACUUAGCCGAAAGUCUCGGCUUGCGAAUAGCUCGCUGUGGGGCGACGUGCUGCCUACGAUCCAAGGAUCCCCUUCGGCCGUGGAAGACACCACAGCUUCAGAGGGCGAUUACUUCUCCGGCGUGCACUCGCAACCGCGCUCAGCAAGCAGCAGCCAAGGGCCGGUAACUGGUGCACCCGUCAGCACAGAAGAUGACGUAUACACCGCCCCGCUCGCUCGACGGCCCAUAGUUCCGCGCCAAUCCUCCGCACCGAUUCCGCAAUCGCAGCGUGCACCGCGACCUCCUAGAGCCGCUGCAGCCGAGCAGGCAUACGCGAGGGCUCAAAGAGAGGCCGCACAGUUCGCGCAUCUGGGGUACUUGGCUGCGCCUCAUCCGCCCGACGAGGCUGCGCGCGCCAGGGCGUUGCGGCAGUUCAACCUGUGGCGCACAGCACCGGAUGCAAAUUUCGCCCGCAUCGAACACCUGACGCGAUUGGUGUUCAAUACGAGGAUCGUGUCUAUAUCGCUCAUUGACGGCGCGGAGGAGUGGAGGAAGGCUGUGAGUGGGUGGAGUGGUGCUGGGAAGGGCAAAGGAGCUGCGAAUGCGGGAGGAAGCGAGGUUGUGGGCGAAGGAGAGGACAGUACGGAGGGGAGGAGAGAGAGCAGUUUCGCGGCGCAUGCGAUAUUGCAGAAUGGAGACGAGCCGAUGGUCGUGCUCGACGCUGCAGAGGACUGGCGAUUUGCCAAGAACCCUCUGGUUGCUGGUCCGCCCCAUGUACGGUUCUACGCUGGUGCACCACUCCGAACAGCAGACGGAUACAAUGUUGGCGCCUUGUCCAUCAUCGAUGACCAGCCGCGCGCGGAGUUUAGCCCAAGGCAAAGGCAUACGCUCAAAGAGUUCGCGGCGAUCGCGAUGCGCGAGAUGGAGCUCUGGAGGGACAAGAUCCAGCUGAGGAUCCGGGACAGGAUACAGAACUCGAUGGAGCAGUUUACGCGCGAAUGCCUCGAGAUCGACGUCGAAGACCAGGCAGCCUCACUCGCCUCGGACGCCGCGGCCGCCGCCCAAGCGCUCAAACGCGCCGCAUCGGAAUCCGGCGCAGACGUCGACGUGCGCGCGCAAGGUUCCCACGUCCAAGUCCUCGAGAGCGCGCCGUCGGUCGAAGCCGAAGAGCUCGUGGCGCAGAAGGAAGAGGAGCACGAGCAGGAGAGGCGCGAGGCGGAAUCCCAGAGGGAGAGAGGCCCGACGCCGACGGAAAGGACGACGUCGAGCGAGUCGACGGCGUCGGGUAGUACGAGCAUGUCGUCUGUGUCGUCGGCGAGCACUGCGGCGUCGUCGGCGCCGUCCGUGUCGACUGCGGGCGCGAGCGUCGUCACGCCUUUGGCACGCCCUGGCAGCGUUGUGAGGCCUACGGGCGGCGCGGUGACGCCGGGUGUCAUCGCGAAGACGAACUCGGCUGCAUCGGUGCCGUCUUCGAGCGUCGCGCCUACGCGCACGUCGUCUGCGACGUCUACGUCGCCGCCCAAACAGCGCGCGAGGAGACCGAUGGAGCGCGUGUACUCCCGCGCGGCGCAGCUCGUCGCGCGCACGUUGGGCGUCGAGGGCGCGUUGAUUCUGGAUCUGAGCCAUAGCGAGGUUAUUGAGACGGCGCAUGCGGAGGGCACGUUGAGUGUUGUUGUGCAUCGGGCUGUGGGGCAGCAUCGGAGAGAAGGGAGUGGGAGUGGGAGCGGGAGUGGGAGUGGACGGGAGGGACUCGGGUGGGGUGCGGGGCAUAGGAGGGGCGGGAGCGCCGAUUUGGGUAAAGGGAAGGGGAGGAGGGUCGAGGAGGAGGAUACGGCUACGCAUAGGUUGAGUGCGGUCGAGGCGGCGAAGCUGGUCGAGGUGUUUGAACGGUACCCCGACGGCCGCGUGUGCGAGGGGCUCGUUCCGACUCCCCUGCGCCGGUUCGUGCCGAGCGGUAUAUCCUAUGCGCUCGCGGUGCCCGUCUUCAACGUCGACCACCGGCCUUUCGCGAUGAUCUGCGCGUGGAACACUCUACGCGAGGAUGAUGAAGCGCAUACGCGCGGCGCGCGAGAAGGAGAGAAGGAUGCCGAUGAUUCUGCGGAGGACGAUGGGUUGAAUCUUGCGGCGGAGCUUGAGGAGCUGGACGGUACCAUGGGGCGCGCGGGAGCGCGGAGGUAUCUGGAGGGACACGAGCUGUCGUAUCUGCGCGCUAUCGGGGUCAUCAUCCUCAGUGCGGUGUUGAAGCGGAGGAUGACGCUCGCGGAUAAGGCGAAGAGCUUGUUCAUCAGCAAUAUCUCGCAUGAACUUCGUACGCCGUUACACGGCAUCCUCGCAGCGGCCGAGCUACUCGCGGACACACCACUCAACCACAGCCAGCUCUCCUUCCUGCAAACCGUACAAGCAUGCGCAACAUCGCUCGUCGAGACCGUCAACCACGUUCUGGACUUCACCAAGCUCAGCGGAAACUCCAAGGCGGGCGGCGUCGAGCACAGUAUUGCCACCAGCCGCGCGGAUAUGAUGCAGUUGGUGGAGGAGGCUGUCGAAGGGUGCUGGAUCGGCCAUCGUGCGCGGACGAGUGCGGCUAGUGCCAAUGAGAUUGGGAGCUUGUAUAGUCCGCCGAGGACGGAUGCGAGCGGGAAGAAGAAGCAUGUUGAGGUUGUCGUGGAAGUGGGCGAGCGGCUUGAGGGCUGGAAUCUUAAGUUCGAGAAGGCUGGCAUUCGGCGCGUGCUUAUGAAUAUCUUCGGCAAUAGUCUCAAGUUCACUUCGGAUGGCUUCGUCCACGUCAUCCUGCGCGAAGCCCCCGAACAACCGGACGAGCGCUCGCGACUCGAAGAUGGUCGGAUCGUGCCGUCGACGUACCCUUCUACGCCUACUCGGCGCACUGCGCCCGGUGGUGUGCAGCCCCGCGAGCACUUCCAGAGGCUCGACGGCGCCCAGACACCUUCGGAACGCAGGGAAGAGAGGCGACCGGGUACCAUGCGUGUUGAGCUUUCCGUAGUUGAUACUGGGAAGGGUAUCAGCCAGGAUUUCCUCAAGAACCAGUUGUUUCAUCCGUUCUCGCAGGAGAACCCGCUGCAGACGGGGACUGGGCUUGGGUUGGCGAUCGUCAGCAGUAUCGUCCAGAGCAAAGGCAUCGAGGGCAAGGUCGACGUUUGGUCCGUCGAGAACGUCGGCACGGAGAUCCGGGUUACGUUCACGGCCGAACUCGCAACACCCACGCCCUCGAUCUCUGAGCGCCUCAUCACCCCUUCCGCACCACCAGUACACGUCUCGCUCAUCGGCUUCGACUCUCCACACCGCGGAAUGCAGCUUCUGCGGCGCGUACUCGUACACCAGCUCGUCGACUGGUGGGGUCUCACGCUCGCGCCACCCGGGACCCGCGGAGAUAUUGUGAUCGUGAAUGAGGAUCUGGCGCCUAUCGUGGAUGCUCUGCGCAUGCACGAUGCAACUCGGCCGUUCAUCAUCAUGACGAGCGAGCGCGGAGACGACGCUCUGAUGCGGACCGUCGCCGACUACGAGCGCUCGGGCGGCUUCUGCCGUGUGCUGUACAAGCCCGGCGGCCCGAGCCGGAUGCGGCCUCUGGUCAAGCUUUGUCUUCAUGCGUUGCAAAUCGGCAAGAGCUCGCCCUCGGCCGUUGCUACAGCUAGCAGUCCGCCGCUCGAAGCCGCGGGCGCUGAGAUUGGCAGUAAUAGCAGCACGCCACAGCCACCUGCGAGCGUCGUGCGGAGGUAUAGCGAGGACAAAGCGCCUGCCGGCUCAGCCCCCCGACGACCAAACAUGGCCCCGCGCAGCAUCACGGCACACCCUGUUGCAAGUUGGACAUCAUUGCAGAGCGCCGACGAGGACGAGGAAGAACCGGGUGCGGUCGACAUGGCGCGUACGCGGAGCCUGAGCAGUGCAGGGCGGAAAGAGACUACCGUCUCGCUCGAGUCGGGCGGCACGCUCCUUCAGAGUGCCGUCGGUACCCUCACCAAAGGCAAACGCGUGCGGGUUCUCGUUGUCGAGGAUAAUACGAUCCUCCGACAGUUGCUUGUGCGCUGGCUUCAGAGCAAGGGCUACGACUACGGCGAAGCUGUCGACGGUCGUGAAGGCGUGCGGCGCUUCGAGAGCGACGGGACUUUUGACGUCGUUCUUCUCGAUAUGAGCAUGCCCGUUCUCGAUGGUGUUGCUGCUGCUGCGGAGAUCCGCGCGCUUGAGCGUUCACGCGGUACAGAGCCGCCGGCGCGGCUGCUCGCGCUGACGGGCAUGAGCAGCCUCGAGGAUAAGCGCCGCGCGUUUGAGGCGGGCGUUGAUGGGUACCUCGUCAAGCCUAUCGCGUUCAAGACGCUCACUGAGAUGUUCCAUCGGCUGGGUGUCUCAUGA